AUGGCCUUUCCGAGCUUCCUCUGGCUCGACUCUGUUGGGCGGCGAGUGCUCCUCUCCUACGGACUUUCCGGGGUCACCGCGAGCUACGGAGUCGCGGCUCUGGGGCUCGGGUUGCAUAGCCCCACUCUUGCUGGGAUCGGCUUGAUGGCUUCACAGGCCAUCUACCAAGGGGCUGUUGGCCCCGUCACGUGGAUCGUCUCCUCUGAGAUGUACCCGUCUGACAUGCGAGCACGCGGCUGCGCCAUUGCCGCAGCCACCUUUUCCACCUUCACGCUGCUGUCGGUGCGCAUGCUGCAACGUGGUGCAGCUCAGUUUCGAUCGUGGUGUGGAUGGGGCAAGCCUUAUGGUGUCAGUUUUCCUUCCCAUCUUUGUGGCCACGGUCCUCGGAAUUCGCGUGCAGACACGCAGUAUCAUGUGUCCUUUUGGUAUGACUCCGCCUACAACAUUGACCGCGACAGCAAGCCAACACUUCCGGACUGGGUUGGCGAGUGGAGCGCGUACGUGUACGACGACGAAUCAGAUGCACGCGCCAAACCGGAUUUGGACGCCGUACAUGAGCCCAACGAUUCCGCCGAGACCUCAACGCGAUGUCGUCUUCAGUUUCCCCGAGUGCGAGCGAGCAACAUGAGCCCAGACAGAGGUGUUGGCAGUCAGGCCACUCUCACUGUCUUCUCCGUGGUUCAGGUGCUCCUCUUGGUGUUGGGAAAUGCUGAGACCGCCUCGGCAGCCAGCCCCAACCCUGAGGAUGUGCUCACGUGGUCGAUCGCAGCCGAGGGAGACCCUUCCAGGAAGGCAGCUCUUCUAACCAUGAGUUUGAAGGGCACAGCAUACGAGUUCUGCAGAACCAUUCCCCCCAUGACCUUAGUUCACGGAGGUGCCAUAAACGGUCAUCAUGUAGACCCCCUAACCUAUAUAAUGCAUGCCCUCGCAGAACGGUUUGCAGAUCUAGGCGAGGAACUACGCUUGACGAGUAUCACUGAUCUUUUCAACUUUGGUCGUCAGGGAAAUGAGCGCAUUGAUGAGCUGAUUACUCGCUUUGAUCUCAUUCGCCAGCGUUCCUAUGAUCUAGGACAGCUAACAAUGUCAGUGACUGGCCUUGCUUACAUCUUGCUAAAGGCCUGCGAGGUGAGCGAUGCCCAACUGAUGCAACUCCUGUCCCCUUUACAAGGGCGCUUUCCGAACGAUGACCAAGAGUUCCAAAUCCUGAAAACUCAGUUGCGUCGCAUGGGCCACAUCCUUGAGCAUUCCCCGGGAAACAUUGCUGCAGCCCUGCGAGGUCGAAAUGCCCAGCCCCAGUACUUCGCAACCGAAGGCAGUGCCUCAAAUGCCGAUGCACAACCAGCCUAUGUAGCCUACGGUGAUACGGGUUACGGUUGGAGCGAACGUGCAGACACUGGUUGGGGCUAUGGGGGUGAUAACUACGCCAACCCCGGUAGCCAUAAUGGGCAGGACGCUCAUCAAGCUUUCCUUGCAGAGCUUGAGUCGGACGGUGCCACCGAUAGUGACACAGCAUCGUCUACUGGCAUGACUGAGGUACCAACAUCCACCCCGGAGGGAUGGACCGACGAUGCUUCGUUGCAGGAGCACCUGUUCUGGGCUUACAGCAGGGCGAAGGCCACGUGGAGGAAGUUCAUGGGAAGACCUCAACGGUCGGUGAGACGCUUCACUCGACGAUACAUCAGCCGCCAGUCGGGCAAGGGCAAAGGCAAAAGGUGGACUAAGGGCCAGCCCGAUGAGAUUCCCGACCAAGGCCCCUUAGCAGGUUUCAUCUUCAUGGCGGCCCCUGCUGAUCAGUCAGCUCGGGACACGGACAGUUCCUGGUCCCACGCCACUGACACGGACGCUUGGGCAACCUAUCUCAGAAUCAUCCCCAAAGCAAUGCGCAAAGUUCUCGAGGACCCACAACUCCCCCAGAGCCCUUGCAUGCCAGAACCGCCCAAGCAAGCGCCACCUAUCCUGGUAAUGGAUCGCAGAUGCCAAAUAGUCAGCAUCCCAGCAGGUCCUGCCACUGCAAUGGUCUGGACUGUGCCCCCACCCACGUUGCCGGCAUGGUCACAGAUGCCAAUCUUUGGGUUCUUAGGCCCCACGCGACACCAUGACCCGGAGCAUAUUCCGCUGGUGUAUGGAGCGCCAGGCACAGGUUCCUCAGGAACGUCCACGCUGGAAGGCCCCAUGACCAUCACACUUGAAGGAAUGGCUGCAGCCUCAACAGCCACCACGCGCAGAUGGAUGGGCGAAGCACCGGAAAUCACGCAGGCUCUAACAUCCGGCACUCAGUCGCAGCUUGAGCGUGCGCAAAGUGAGCAGAUAGACGUUUUCCAUCAGGCACAGCAGGUUGUCCAAUCGAGACGGGCUCAGCACCGCAAUCGGCAUAGGCGCGUGAUUCAGGUUCCGGAUUCGUGGGACCAUCAGGAGUACGAUGCUCUGGAUGACAGCUGUGCCUUGUGUCAGGAGGUGUACUUGGAACGAGAUUCGGUAGUGCGACUUGUGUGCCGGCACCUGUAUCACACCGCUUGUUGGACCGAAUACCUUAUGCAUCCUCAGGCACGUAUGAGCUGCCCAGUAUGUCGGGGUUCUGCUAGGGUCGUAGCCAGGUUCUCUUACCGAGCCGAUUAUGAGACACCCGCUCCUUCUCACAACCCCACUGAGCAGCCUUCUCGAGCACCCUCUGAGGAAAGCCGUAAUCCUGCAACGGAGAGCGCUGGUGCCAGAACCCCAAACCGCCGCCCAGAAUCCUACGAAAUGAGCACGCCACCGCCGGCAAACAAUGACGGGGAGAAUGAGGCUGGAGGGUCACCCUACAACUUCGAAGCUUUCCAUUCUCACCAUAGUUUUCCUUGGUGGCCUUGCAACGGUAAUUCUUCCGGAAACGAUGGUGCACCCACUGCGAUGAUCAUGCAUAGCACUAGCCAUGAUGAUUUCCAAAGCAUCCUCAUCGACCCAGGUGCAUACACCAAUCUUGCAGGUUUGAGGUGGGUGCGUCAGCUGGCGCAGAAAUGUCACGACCGAGGCCUCGACGUUGUCCAGCAUCAGUUGAGCUCACCCAUGUCCAUCGCUGGAGUCGGUCAAGGCACUCAGCAAUGCACAUGGGCAGUGCGAUUGCCUAUAGGUGUCCCGGCCAUCUGUGAAGGCGAGGAGCACAAUGCGCGCUGUUCCUUCGAAGCACCAGUCGUGGGAGGCAGCGGUGCUGGAUUACCAGCCCUUCUUGGCCUCAGGUCCCUGAGAUCCAAGAAUGCAAUUCUCGUCUUGAGCGAGAGGGAUGAAGAUCUAAAGCUAAUCAUCCCAGGUCCCGGAGGCUGGGAGUACCAGCUUAGCCCAGGAUCUGUUGAGCAUCCUCUGACGACAGCACCCUCAGGGCACUUGUUGCUAAGGUGUGAUUUGUACGAGGGUGUAAAGGUGACAUCCUUGAACAGGCCCAGGGAGGCUUUCAUGGCCGGGCAAUCUGCCAAAGGUACGUCGUUGAAGGAAACGCCUCGAGAGGCAUCCAGCCUCACGCGAGCGGUCCAAGGAGUGAUUUCCUCAGCAAGUGAAGAAUCCGAAGUACAAAGGGCGGCAACGUUGGCCAUAAGUCGUCGGGACUUUUCACACUCAACGUGCCUCACACUGUUACAGAAGACUUCCUUUCCAGCUAGUAAGCAAGUGCGUGGCGUCAAUCAGCAGGCCAUCCCUUCCCAGCGGCUCACACUGGGUCUCUAUGCACAUGGCAAUCAAGUAGGCCUGACGUUGAACACAGAUCGUUUUGCAUCACUAUGCCGUUAUGUAAACUUGUUUUUGCAAGCGAGCCAUCCGCGAGUCACGUGGACAUCGCUCCACAUUAACAACAACAUGCCAGUACAUCCCCACCGUGACCACCACAAUCUUCGGCAGUCUGUCAAUUUGACGAUAAGCUUAGGUGCUUUCACCGGUGGGGAGUUGUGGCUUGAAAUAGCGCCCGAAGAGGCGAACCACAAUCCUUCCGUGCAUUGGCUUACUCAGGAUGACGGCAAUCGCAUCCCAGGCAUAGUGGUUGACAGUCACAAUAAGCCUGUCACUUUCUGUCCGAAGCUCAGCCACUGUGUGUUGCCGUGGAAGGGUCACAGAUUUUCGGUCACAGCAUACACGUCGCGUGGCUUGGAACACAUUCCGGCCCAUUUUGUGAGAGCCUUGCAAAAGCUCAACUUUCCGUGUGUUCCUUUCAACCAAGCGGUUGAGCGCCCUGUUGGCGAACCCGCCCAACAUCACCAUGCGGUUGAGCGCCCUGUUGGCGAACCCGCCCCACAUCACCAUGCGGUUGAGCGCCCUGUUGGCGAACCCGCCCAACAUCACCAUGCGGUUGAGCGCCCUGCUGGCGAACCCGCCCAUCAACAUGAGGUCGAGCACCAUGUCGGAGAACCCGUCCAGCAGUUGCAUCAAGUCACAAGUGGAGUUUCGCAGGUCGUAGCUGUUGUGGUAGAGGAAACACCUGCCGUGUCGCUGGUGUUGCAGCAGAUCGGAUGGCGUACUGUGCACUUCCAUCCAAGUCACGUCAACUCGGCCGCCACGGCCUCGCUGUCCCAGCGCCUCAAAAGCAUGCAAGUGCAGGCACUGUGGCUAGAUCUCCCAAUACCAGGCCGGCACGUGCACAAGGAUCGGCUAUCCUCGCACAUGACUCAACUAUGCGUGUGGCUCCGAUUGUGCCACGAGCUUGGACUUGCGGCGGUGCUGUUUGGACCUUACGGUCGAGGAUGGCAAGCGCCAUCUGUGCAAGACCUCGUUGACAGGGGGCAUGUUCGCAAGUCAUAUCAUAGAUUAUGUGCCUGGUCAUUUAAGGUCGAUGUCUCCCAGUCGGAGCCCAGUUCAACAUGUUUUGUGGCGGCCAGCGUUAUGCAACCCCUUUCAGGCCACCCGUGUGCAUGCGCUGUGCCUCAGCACCAGCACAAGCUGGACUGGGUCUCGGAACGACAGCCACAUCAACGGCGCCUUCGCGCUCAGAUUCAUGCCAACGUGGCGGUACGGGUCGCCCAGCAGUGGGUCACACAGCAACUCAGACCGAGCACACCCGACAACGUUCACGGCUCAGCGGCGCGCUGCGCUGCAGCCCGCCGACUCUCCCCUGCCCGAGUGAUGACAGGUGAGCCGUCUGGUAUGCCGUUCUUCCUGCCGCCAGGUCCCGAUCAUGCCCACUUUCCCGGUUUCGCGGCCUCCAAACCGGGAGAUUUCGACCCCCUUGCCGCAGCCUCCGCAACACCCGUGAUUCCCGGUUUCGCGCCCUCCAAACCGGGAGAUGCUGACUCCCGUGCCUCAGCCUCUGCAGCACCGGUGAGAAGGACAUAUGUCCCAAGUCAGGAGUCCGAUGCUGCCUUGGCAUCGAGACGGGCUCAAGCUCCAGACUCCCACUUGUCGAGUUCUCCCGAGGUUACAGGCACCAGGGUCACCGUGGAGGACCACCACGACGACUGCGGAACCAGCCUGGCUAGCUUGUCGGCCUAUUUGCCUGAUGAAGAAUCGGUGCACUCCGCGCAUUGGGUAAUGUACCAACAUGCAUACAGCCUUCCACCCUGUUGGCUUCUGGGGUCGCCAACUCGCCAAGGUCUGCCGUCCCAACCAGCGUGUUGCUUUCUGGCUGAGAGCCUGAAGCAUGCGUUGGACACUAUCCGGCUUUGGCCGGCAGGUGAUUCCGAGGUCAACAUUCUGUCUGGUGGCCAUGACAGACAGGCAGUAUGGCACGUGCGCAGGCGUAUAGGACCCGGUAAGUACCUUAGUAUGGUCACUCUUCUAGACACCAAUAGUGAAGACAUAAGUUUAGGCCUAAGGUCCUAUACCCUUGCGUCGCGCCCCUUACUGUGCAUUCUGCUUCCAACGUGGCACCCGACUCGGCCCAACCCACUGACGCCUUUAUGUGAGGAGCUCGCCAAUGCGCAGCGACGGCAAGCCAGACACUACUUAUGUGAGCAGCCCUGGGUAAGCUGUCCUGGGCAUUCCCCUGGUUGGUGGCAGUUCCUUCAGAAAUCGCAUCACUGCAGCGCCGAAGUAUCCGACCGCCACGCCUCCUACACGUUCUGGGCCUCUCAUGCAUACUUGCUCCGACCGCUUGUGGCACACCCAUGGCAUUCGCAGGCCAUACUGGAGCCUCGCGAGUGGAGCAAUACACUGUCAACUAGCGUCAUGGAUGGCAUCACCCUGCUUUGUGCCGCAGAACAACUCACCCAAGUUUAUCCAUCCACAGCAGCUGGGCCCGACGCGGAGAGCGGCGACGCUCCUGCGGAGGAACCUGGAGAUGAAUGGUGGCGUAAGUGCCCAGGCUGCCGUGGUCGCCAAAGCAAACAUGACGACCGCCAUAAUCGCGUCCCUGGCCAAUGCAAAUAUCCCGAUGCUGAAAGCCUGACUUGGACAUGUGAAGGCUGCCGUUUUCACAGGCCCCGCGGCCACCCUAGCCACACUAUGGGGCCCGACUGCAGGCAUGUGAUCGCCGAGGAGCGUAAAGGUGCCCCAAGGCGUGGCCGUCAUCCCCGACCUCCGUCCCGCAAGGCCGUUGAUGACCCUUCCCGAGACCUGCAGGCACAACUGCCCCAAGGUGCUGAUCUGGGACAGCAGGAGGAGGAGGAGGCAGCCGCUGAGUCCUCACGCCAACCUGCAGCGAAAGCUUCAGGCUCAGACGAUCUGCCGUCUGAUGUUGACACUGAGUUCUACCAGCCUUCGGACCCCGACGCGGCGCCUGCAAUGCCACGCGCUCGAGGGCCAGACAAAGAGCCGCGUGUUCGCAGAACUUACCGGGAUGCAGGUGCAGGAGGAGAAGUUCCCUCAGACUGGAGCCGUUUUGACAUCAGCCGUUCCAUGCGAGUACUGCGAGUGGGAAAUGAGCGUGCCAUCCGAACCGAGCUCAGGAAGCUUCAUCUCAGAUUUUGGCACGCUUCAAGGCAGUCCCUCGAGCAGAUACUCAAAGCAGCAGGUGUGCCGCAGCGAAUCCUGGAGUAUGUGCCAGAUAUCAUCAACACUUGCCAGGAGUGUCGUAAAUGGCAAAGACCCGGCCCCUCCACGCAGCAUACUCUCACCUCUAGCUUCAAGUUUAACCAGCAGGUGGAAUUUGAUUUGCUCUUCUAUCGCACCUUCAUCGUGUGCCACUUGAUAUGCCGUGCAACUCGCUGGCAUGCAGGUUGUGCCAUUCCAAACAAGGAAGGUGAGGCUAUAUAUGAGAGCAUUUGUACGAAUUGGGUCUCAAUUCAUGGCCCCAUGCAGCAGCUCAUUGCCGACGGUGAGUCGGGGUUGUGGAGCGAAGCAGUUGCCAGUCGGCUGAAGCGACAGGGCGUUGAGCUGAAACUGCGCGCUCCCCAACAACACGCCCGAUUCAUAGAACGCCGAGGAGCUAUCCUGCGUGCCACGCUGCAUGUGAUGGAGGAGCAGCUUGAGAGGGAGGGCCUUGUGUACACUUUCCCCUCACUGCUUGCAGAGGCCAUAUUCGCCGGGAAUGCCCUGGUGCAUGUCGGGGGAAGCACACCUUACCAAGCCGUGUAUGGCCGUCAGCCAGCCAUGCUCCCACCUCUUGAAAUUCCAGACAUGGCUGAAAGUGAACAGGUUGGGGAGGCUGGUGAUCGCCAGCGCAGUUACAUUCGUGAAGCCGCACUUCAGGCAAUGGUGCAGGCAACAAGUUUGGCUCGCUUGAACAGAGCGGCUCGCACUCGCACUUCUCCAGACAGCACGCGGGAGUUCAGUGUUGGGGACCUGGUGGACGUGUUUCGUAAACCGUCCAGCAAGGACGCAUCAGGCUGGUCGGGCCCGUACCGGGUGACUGAGUCUGUUCCAGGACAAGUGCAAGUCCAGGCAGCCGGACACACUCGCACGUAUCGCAGCCAAGAUGUCCGCCUAACGCUGUUAGUGUUGUACAGUGCUAACCAGCCGUCAGCUUGGCCCGAAUGCAUGCAAACAGUCACCGAUGCUUUGUUGGCCUUGCUGCCCGGGCAGUCGGUACUGUUUGGUUUUGCAAACUCUCCGACAGGCGGCCUUACCCUGUCCAAGGCCGCUCGCCAAGCUCCACAGGUUCUUCAUGCAUUGGACUUUCUGUUCAACAACUGCUGGCGGCUAGCCGAAACUCUCGGCGCCCGGUUGGCCCGUGGAGCCAAAAGCCUCAGUGCAGUGUCGCAUGCCUCACACUCGACCCUCAUCUGGUGGCGAGCAAGUGUCGAUGAAGACGUCCAGUUCAGCAGUUUGCAGGGGACUAAGGUUGAUCUAGUAGAGCUACUCGGGAAUAGCUACUCCUCUAGCCUAGUGGUACAAGCCUUGCAUUCUGCAGACCAAGAAAUCACACUGGCAGAUGCCUGCGAUGAGGCAGCUGAUGUGAACCAUGAGCUGGCGUCCGAGCCCGCCCUUCCUGGCAGCGACACCGAACACCAGUCCGUGCACACUCCACAAGGGCCGCUGUCGGCCAUCUCAGAGGGCAGAGAAGAAGAGGAGGCUUUUGCCAGCUUCCUGGCCACGAGUAUAACUCAACCGCCUGAGGUGGCAGAAGCGCUUCGUGUGAUGUUUGCCCUGUCCGAGUCCGAGACUCUGGAGGAAGCCUCUGUAGCUCAGGAGCUGGACUACGGCCCCUACUUUGAGCCUUUUGAUGCCUCCACCCUAACGAUGCCCCAACCUUAUGCACACUAUCAUGCAGCCCAAGUAGCCUUCAGUGAGCACGAAUCUUUUGACUACAGGGACCAAGCAGGCAAUAAGUGCGUUGAGUUGUGGUUCACUCGGGAUAUGGCUAAGGUUGUAGGGGAUGACAGUAGGCUUGAGCCUGACCAAACUUAUGUGCUACGCAUGUAUGCUGCAGGCUACCGCCAGGCAGUCAUCCAAAGGGAAACAGACUUGUUAACCCCCGAGGACAUGCGCCGGCACCAGCCACUAGUUGCAGCGGCAGCACUGGAGGAGCUGCACACGUGGAACAAGUACAGAUGUUUCAAGCGCGUGCCGCGCAGCACGGCCCACAAUGUCAUGGAUAGUAAGUUCGUGGCUAAGUGGAAGGUAGUCAAGGAUGCACAAGGCAAGCCUCAAAGGAUCGUGCGAAUGAGGCUGGCACUUCGAGGUUUCAAAGACUUGCGCGAAGGCCUAGAAAAUUUCGCAGCGACAGGUUCCAGGCAGUCCCAACGGCUGCUCAGCUCUGAAGUGGCCUGCCAUUCCGGCUGGAAACUUGUUGCGGUGGACGUAGCUAAGGCUUUUCUCCAAGGAAUGAGCUACCAGGAGAUGAGCGAGCUCACCGGAGAAGAUGAGCACGAAGUGCAUUUCGAUUUACCCACCCGCGAAGCCGAAUACCUCAAGCAGGUGCCAGGUUUUGAGGGUUUUGACCCACGUAAGGAGACGCUGAGGUGUUUGAAGCCCGGCACCGGGUGCCGUGACGCACCCCGCGCUUUUGCUUUGAAGCUGGCCCAGUUUACGCGGUCUGAAACCAUCGGUCUUCGGCCUUCACUUUUCGACUCCGAACUGGAGUUAAAACAUGUCGGUAGUCGUCUCGUGCUCCUUCUUGUGAAGCACGUCGAUGACUUGAAGAUCGCCGGGGAACCCUGCGAAGUAGACGCGUUAGUGGCGCAUCUUGAAUCUGGAUUCGGAAAGCUCGCCUACCAAGAGAACUCCUUUACUGUGUGUGGACUGACACAUGUCAGACACAGCGAUGGUAGCAUCGAAAUGAACCAGGACGCUUAUUUGGCAGCCAUGCGGCCGAUUCAGCACCCAGAGCUGACGGGCCGAGCCAGCAACCUGCCGUGCACGCCUGCAGUGCACGGUUUGUUUCAGAGUCUCCUAGGUGCUGUGGCAUACAGCAUGCUUUCACAAGCAUGGGCCGCUGUGUUUGUGGUGGCCUUGCAAAGGCAUGCAGUUGCACCCACAAACCUUCAUGUGAGAAGACUUAACUUGUUGCUAGCUGCUCUUCAAAAACUCAAAGCGAAACUGUACUUUCCAACCAUGACAUGCGACCGCAAAAUCGUUGUUUUCUCCGAUGCUUCUUUCAACAAGGAAAGUGAGCAAAAGGGAUACGGAAUGCGCGGCGCAGUGUACUUGCGCAUGGGCACCUUCAAUGGACAGAAGCGCUGCCAUUUCUUGGAGGCUCACUCUCAAAGCCUUAAGCUUGUCACGAGGAGCACUUUCGCAGCUGAGACUCUCGCUGCGGUCGGUGCUGUGGAUGCGCUGGCAGCUUUGUUAGUGACUCUUCAAGAGAUGGUCUGUGGCACGCUGAGCACUGAAGCUGCCCGUGGGCUCAGAGAGUCAGGUAGUUUCGUUUUUGAUUCGGAGCUGUGUAUAGAUGCCAUGAAUCUUUAUUUCGCUCUGUCAGCCAAGUACCCCAAGUUACCCGCGGAGAAGGCCCUAUUCAUACACAUAGCAUGGCUACGUGAUUUCGCUAGGGUCAGAGUUCCCAGCAUAACAUCGUGGGUUGAUACUAGGGACAUGCUGGCUGACGGACUGACGAAAGGAAAGGUGGACCGUGGUGCAUUGCUGGAGGCGAUGCGGGGAAUCACGAAGUUGAUGCACCCCAAAACAUCCACCAUGUAG